AAAUUAAUGUCAAAUGUCAAAAUUGAACUUAACCUGAAAAAAUGAGUGCGUCUGUGUUUUUGUGUUCGAAAAUAAUUGAAAUUUACAUUUAACUUUGGCAAUUGUUGUGUUAUUAUUGUAGUCAAACAAUGGCGUUUCAAAAUAAUUUUAAGGAGUUCCUUAAAGUCGCAGAGUCAGAUCACGGGAAGGAAUUUAGGGAGCUGCAAGAAGCGAUUAACAGGUCGAAAGAAACAGCAAAAGAAGAGAAAUUCAACCGAGAGUUUGACCGACAAACCGUGGACAUAAGGAACUUUUAUAAGAAAAUCGAAAAGUCUGAUGACGCAGUUGAAGUUUCGAAGGGAAACAGAGUCACGCGAACUCUGCGGUCUUCUCCAAAAAAACCCAAUCUGCAUAAAGGGUUUCUGCAAAUCAUUCACCACGACCCUGUCUUUUCCCUCCCAAUUCCCACAAACCCCAAAUUUAAGAAGUACUCCAUCUCGCUGCGCAGAAAAUUACUAUCAGAGUCGUUUACACAGAUUAAUAAGUGCAUCGCGAAAUUAGCAAAAGAGUCUCUCAUAAGGGCCCCUCUGCCUUCCCCCAUUCAUCCAUCAAGCAAUUACAAGCUGCCUGAAACCAGCAAUGGAAUCCCAAGCGGUGGCAGCUUUGAUGACCUAGUGGAUCAAAUUCCAGUUGAAAAUCUAUACGUUAGCCGCUCAGGCCGCCAGGUUAAACGAAAAAUUUACACAGAGCAGGAGGAUGUAGACAGCGACCCUGACUUUGCCAGCAUUGUAAAGAAAAACAAAGCGGAAUUUGGAGACUCAAGUACAAAAAUUACAUUAGACCUUCCUUACGUUCCUGAAGAAGAUCUCACUGAAGAAAAGACCCCUGCUACCUGCAAAUCCACAAAGCCGAAAAUACCACGAAAAAAUUUAUCCAUAAGCGCCAAAAAGCCCACCAGCAGGUCUGAGGCGAUGUUUGACAAGUUUAUACAAGGUGAGGAGAAAAGGAAGCAGCAAGAAGCAGAAAUGGAGAAUUUUGAAAGAACGCUCCCAUCUUUGGAGGACAACUCUGAAGACUACGUAAUUGAGACGAGUCCAGUCAAAGAUAACGAACAGAACUUUUUGAGGAGGAGGGUGCCUCCCCCAGUUCCGGGUAAAAAAAACAAGAGGCCGAAAAAAGCCAACAAACAAGAAGAUCCUGACGCAAUUACAGAAGUUGUUGCAGAAAGAGCGAGCGCAAACCUUCCGAAAAGUGCACCGAGAACCAGAACUCCCGCAAAAGUUGAAAAACCACCAGAAGAAAAAAUUAGUUGUCCCAUUUGUAACGCGGAAUUCCCACAGAGUCAAAUUGAGAAUCACGCCUCCACGUGUGGUAUUGAAGACGACAUUGUUGAAAAUCUCGUUCCCACAUCUGAGGCAAAAGCUUUGCAGUGCAACAUCUGCAACAAGAAUUUUCCUGCAAACUCCGAGUACGAGGUUCAUGUGAGGCAGUGUAUAGCGUCGGAAGUGUUAGACAUGUGAAAUGUGAUAUUGAACAUUGUUACAAAAGUGUCAUACUUAAGCCAUUCAAAUAAAAUUAGUCAUCUGGUCUAACUUUGCAUCGGCUGAAUUGAAUUGAAACCGAGAUGACUGUAAAUAUUUUGUGUUAUCAUACUUGUAGUUUAUAUUUAUCUAACAUUCUCCUAGAGUCAGUUAUAAAGUUACUAGUGUUAAAAUAUUUUUGUAUUACUCUAAUGAAUAUUAUGUUUUCUUAUCUCGUUGAAAAUAUAUCAUUUUUAUAAAA